UCUGAAAUGUUGUAUUACAGGUCGCUUUGCUACUUUUGACAACUCCAGUGUCUCCGGUUCAUUAAUGAGCUCAGGUUAGUGCUCUCCAGGUUCUCCAGAUUCCUCCCACCUCCCAAAACCAUGCUAGUGGGUAUGCAAAAACUGAAUGAGAAUGAGUGAAUGAACGUGUGUAGACACAAGUUCCUUACUGUUUUCUCCACUGUUUUCUCACGUUUCUUAUUUAUGGCCGAGCGGACAAACAGUACACAGAUGCGUGAGGAACCUGCACAUUAAGCUGGGUUAAAUGAAUUCAUGGUUGGUCAACAGGUGGAGACAAACGACAAAAAAUCUUCACAUCCAAGUACUUGCCAUAAAACAUCCUCUGUAUGCCUUCCGCAGAACAGAAAACGUGUUAAACGUUACUAUUACACCCUCAGGUUGAUUUUUAAAACCAUUUGCACCAGGAUUAGGACUAUGAUGAGGGGGGAAGUUUGACCUAGAGAGAUACACUGCCAAUCCUGUGGAUUUUCUUAUCAAUUAAUAGGUCUAUGUUUACAUGUAUUAUUUUAUGAGCUGAUUUGACUUGAACAAAAACGCUGUAUGACGGUCAUAAACAGGAGAACAAAGGUCCAGCUUUAAGGAAAAGGUGCAAAGUUCACAAGGUUUACAACCGAAAAUGAAUACACAAGUUUAGAGCAAACAUCCUUUGCACACACUUGAUUCAAUUCAGUUCUUUUCAGGGCAACUUGGAACUGUAUUGGGUAACUGUAAAGCUGCCCAAGACGGACAGCAAGAAUUUAGGGAUAGGAUAUAGUGGAUGUCGUAAAAAUGAAGUAUAGUGCACAGAGUUUCCAGGGAAGGAGGCUGUUUUGGAGAAAAGUAUUUCUUCAGCUGGGCUGUAAGAGGUGAAACCAGAUGGAAUUUGAAAUGGUGGAUGACAAAAUAGUUAUCAAAACAUGACAUGGAUUUCAAAGCUCAGAGCGUGUAGAUGAGCGAAAUAUAUAAAUGUAAAUUUGUUUUUAUGGACAGCGUUUACUCGUUGGUGGACAUGUGGUGGUCCUCUCCACUGAUGGAGGAGUAACAAGCUGAGGAUAGCCUGUAGACUAAUUUUGUACAUAAUAAACCGGUAACUGGGUGUAUAAACGUCUACCCUUGUGGAUAAAUCUCACACAGUUCAGAUGACUGUGAUUUUCACGUGCGAAUAUGUGAGUAAUGUGUGCAUGCCGUGAAACUGCACGUGAACUCAAGUAAACGUGAUAAAUAAAACCACAAGUUCUAUAUGAAAAAUGAACGUGAAAACAUCUACAUGUGAAUAAAAAUGAAUCGUGUUUUUUAAAAAAAUCAUGUACAGUUUAAUUAGUCACAUGAACAUAAAUAAAUUGUGUGUAAACUAAAAAUCAUAUCUGAAAAUAAAUGAACUAUGUGUUAAACAUCACGUGAAAAAUGAAUUGUGUGUAAGUAUAGCAUGAAAAAAUUUAAUUGUGAAAAAAAAGACUCACGUGGAAAAUAAAUCAGGUGUAAGAAUUACGUGAAAAUAAAUGAAUUGUGUAAAAAAAAAUAGUGAAAUGAAUCAAGUGGAAGAAUCGUGUGAAAAUCAAUUAAUUGUGUAAAAAAUCCUUCAAAAAUGAAUCAAAUGUAAGAAUCACAUUUGAAAAGAAAUUAAUCGGAUGUAAGAAUCGUGAAAAAUUAAUCAAGUGUAAGAAUCACGUGAAAAUUAAUGAAUCAGGUGUAAAAACACGUGAAAACUGAAUCAGGUGUAACAAUCACGUGAAAAACCAAUUAAUCAUGAAAAAAAUCACGUGAAAAAUGAAUUGUGUAAAAAUCACGUGUGAAAAUUAAUGAUCAGAUCUUUAAAAAAAAAAAAAAUCAAGUGAAAAAUUAAUCAGGUGUAAAAAAUGACGUGAAAAUAAAUAAAUAAAUAAUACCAAAAUCAAAGCAGAGACACUACAAGUGAAAAGUCCACAUAUGAAAACGUGUGAUACAUAACGUGAAUUGUGUAAAACACGUGUAAAAUAACCGUGUGAAGUUUGAGAGUAAGGGUGAAUACUGUACGGUGUUUCCGGUUUAUUGUGCAUGCACACACAGUCAGUUCGCAGCUCGGAAUAGUUUUUGACUAAGAACCACGCAGCUCAGUGUGAGGGGUUAAAUGAGAUGAUGGCUCAUGCUGACAGGGAGAGAGUUACCGAGAAAGCGCGAGACACAGAACACCAGCUGCGCGCGCUCUCGGUGUUAACCGUGUAUCAGAUGUAAACAGCACAGAAAGGCUCGAGCAAAUACUCGUGUUUAGUUCAGUGCCUUUUUGAACGGGGGACGCCAACAGACUCGGGAGGAAAAACCGUGUUUUUUCCGUCGUAAAUGAUUUUUUCCUUUUGUUGUUUGGAAGUAAAAGUUGCUAAGGCAGACGGUGUGUUUACCUCCGCGCGCUCCCGGGGUCGCGUGAACAUCAGGUGUUAUACUGUAUCUCGUUACAGAUCAGGAUUUCUCUCAGCUGUCAGUUGCCUCUGCCUCAGCUUCAAGUCUGACUCAAGACGGCUUUCUAUUCAUUUAUUUAUUUUUAUCAUGAAAUGACUUCUUUCAUGGAAUUAACUGAUAAACUGAACUGAAUAACAUUUGGACUCAUCGUUCAUAUCCGCGGUCCAUCUGUUUUUGCUGCUUUAUUUUUUCCUAUGAAGGGUUUGUUUCUUCUUAAACAUUAUUACUCAUCACUGAAAACCUUCCAAAAUGGAGAUUUUUGUCAUCAAACCACGGCAUUUUAAUGGAGUUGUCUGGGGUCAUUUUUUAUUUAUUUAUUUUUUUACAUGAGAAAGUAAAGGAAUACUCGUUGAAUACACCUGUACAUCCUGUGCUCAAUGAACCACCACCCUUCAACAAAUUGGAAGUGAAUCGGUUCAUAUUUAAGGCGAGUACGGCGAAUCAAUUCUUUAUUUAAACGACUCUUUUUAAACGACUGUUGUGAGUAGAGCGAUUCAUUUGAAACUACUCCUUUAAAUGAGUAGAGCUAGUCGAUUCUUUUUACACGACUCUUUUAAGCGAUAACAGAGAUUCGACUCUUUUGAAACGACUCUUAAGUCAGUAGAGAGAGUUGAUUCCUUUUAAACGACUCGUUUAAUUUAAGUAAAGCGAAUAGAUCAUUUUUACGCUACUCUUUUUAAGUACAGCGAAUCGGUUCUUUUAAAGCUACUAUUUUUAAGUGAGUUCAGCGAAUCGAUUCUUUUGAAACAACUCCUUUAAAUGAGUAGAGCUAAUCGAUUCUUUUAAAGCUACUCUUUUAAGUGAGUAGAGCGAAUCGAUUCUUAGUAAGCUACUCUUUUUAAGGGAGUGCAGCGAAUCGAUUCUUUUUAAACUACCCAUUUUAUUUGAGUAGAGCGAAUCGAUUCUUUUUAUACGACUCUUUUAAGUUAGUAGAGCGAAUCGAUUUGAAAUUAUGUGUUGUUUACACACUAUUGUUUACAUUAUUUACUCCAUUUUGAAUUGUAAAUGUGUUUCAUUUUUAUCACUUACAUGGAAAUAAUUUUUACAUAUGUAGAUAUGAAUCAGCUGGGUUUUAAAAUUGCCUACAUGGCGGCCUAUUUCUAGAUGGCCCCUAAAAGCAAUUAAUUCAGCACAAGUUCAAACAGAACUAAUUCGUAUUAACAAUAGUUUACAUUGAUGGUGAGAAAGAAUCAAAUCAGCAAAAGGAGUCGUGAUGCGUAUAGCUACACCUGAGAACUCAGCACUGCAGGAUGGGGGCUAGGCAGUCCAAAGGCCCCGAGGCUGGCUCCAGACCGCUCCAGAGGGUUUGGAGACGAGCUCAGGGCUCUUUCCUGCUCCGCUCAUCCUCCAGCGAGCGGCCACAGAAUCCAGGGGUGCCUGCGCCGUACCACCGUCGCGUUGGCAUGAUUCAGGACAUGCUGCUGAAGGCAAAGGAGGGGAGACAGGAGGAGGCCAGUGAGCUGCUGAAAAGUCUGAGACAGGAUUUAGGUAUGGAGUCGACAUCUCUGGAUGAUGUGUUGUACCGGUAUGCGAGCUUCCGCAGUAUGGUGGACCCUAUCACCCAUGACCUUAUUAUCAGCCUUGCUCGCUAUGUGCACUGUCCAAAAACGGAAGGUGAGUCUCUGAGUGCCAUGGAGAAGGUGUGUCGCCAGUUGACAUACCACCUGAGCCCUCAUCCACGUUGGAGGCGGCAGGGUCUUCUGAAGGGAAAACCCCAGGGCAGUGUAAAGGCGGUUCUCUCCGUGUCACCGGAUGGCACAGUGGAUUUAUCGGGGCUCACUCUUUCACGUCGUGAUGCAGAACGCUUGGUGCUGUACCUACAGCGCAACUCUGCCCUUGUUCGUAGCGUUGAACUGGGUUUCACCGAGCUCACAGACGAUACGCUGCUGAUGCUGCUGCCCACGUUAUCCGCUCUGCCUGCUCUCGAGAGCCUGGUGCUCAACGGCAACCGACUGACCCGAGGCGUCUUGCGUCACCUCACCGACGCCCUCAAGGAGCCGCGGAGCUUCCCUGCUCUGGCAUGGGUCGACCUCGGUAACAACGUGGACAUCUUCUCUUUGCCUCAGGCCUUUCUACUCAGCUUGCGCAAGCGCUGUCCGAAGCAGGGUAACUUACCCACCAUACAAGAGCAGCCAGAACAGGGGGGCGGGGCAUGUGGAACUGCAGGAUUGGAGGAGGUUGGAGAAGAUCCAGACUGAUUUCCCGGUUGAGUUAUGGGGAUGAGGAUGGGAUGACAAUAUUUCAUCCCACCACAUGUGUUUGUGGGUGGAGUCAUAUUAUAAAUUGACUCCAUUUCAUCUGGAUAUGUGUUCUCAGUUGGGCACAAAUCGAGGAAUUUACACAUGAUUUGUGUCCUUACUUGUACCCUUCAUCAAAUAUAUCCAAUGUCAGUGGACUCCCUGGGCUCACACCCAGCCUGGACUCUGGACCGCCUUCCUGGUUGGACUAUGGGGCUGGUCUGGGACUGAAUAAGUGAUUUUUGUAAGAUAUAUAUUGAGCUCAACAGGUUGGGAAGACACAAAUGUGCCUGUUCGAUGGGUGUCAGAACUAGACGGAGAAAUGAUGUGCCUGUUGACCGUCCUGAAUCGCCCUUAAUUCCAGGCAUGCACGGUGCAAAUCGAGGCUGUUUUUUCUAAUCUGAAUUAGGCCAGAUUUCAGUUGCAUUGGACAUGCAGUGUAUUUGGGGUAGAAAUUAGGGAUGGGAAAAAAUAAUAAUUGCAUGGAUGCAUCAUGAUCCUCUUCUGAGUGACUCUAUGAUCAUGCUUAUACUUUCAUCAUACAGUCUAAAGUUUUAGAUUUGUAAAUUCUUCAUUUAACCACAAAAUGUUUUCUUGGUUAGCUUAAUAUUACACUUCUGCUAUCUUGUAUUCAACUUCACACAGGAUUUAUGCACAGUUGUACCAAAACCCGAAUGGCUUCUGAUUCACUAUAUACUCACUAUCCGGUUUAAAAGGAAAAACCUGUAUGCCUGAUCAUUUGCGCAAUUAUCCAAUCCCAACAAUCAUGUGGCAGCAGCUCAGUGCAUAAAAUCAUCCAGAUACAGGUCAAGAGCCUCAGUUAAUGUUCACAUUAAACAUCAGAGUCAGGAAAAAUGUGAUGUCAGUGACUUGGCAUGGUUACCGUUGCCAGACGAGCUGGUUUGAGUAUUUCAGAAACUUCUGAUCUCCUGGGAUUUUGACGCACAACAGUGAAUAAUGCUUACACAGAACGGUAAGACUGGUUUGAGCUGACAGGAAGACUACAGUCACUCCAAUAACCUCUCUUUACAACCACGGUGAGCAGGAAAGCAUCUCAGAACGCACAGCUUUGAGGCAGAUGGGCCGUAAAAGUAGAAGAGCACAUCAGUUUGCACUCCUAUCAGACAGGAACAGGGAUCUGAAGCUACAGUGGGCACAGGCUUAGUAAAACUGGACAGUUGAAGAUUGGGAAAAUGUCACCCGGUCUUGUCAUGUUUUAGUGAGCCUGUGUCCACUGUAGCUUGGUGAACUAUACACCGAGCCAUAGGAAAAACGUAAAAAUAAUACGUUUGAAAUUGUUAACACCUUUAUACACUGUAUAUUUCUUUUAUUUUUAAAGCUAAAGGAUGAACGAUUUUUGGAAUUUUGCCCCCUCUGCUAGUAAAAUGCUGCUGCAAGCUAGUUGAGGAAGAAGGUUUCAGAACAUGGGUUGUGCUGCAUCGUUCUUCACUGCAUGGAUUAAUCUCAUGGCUAUGACUGCCAUGUCAAUACACAUCCACAGAGAAUUUAAUGCUGCAUCCCAAACUGCAUAAUGCGCAGUCAGUCAGUAGUCUUCUCCUUCUAGCUAAAUAACUUCACUAUUGGGCGAUGAUGUAAAUUCACAAUGAGAAUAAAUGAGCUGUUUAUCAUUCACUAGCCAAAUAAAUGUUCAGCAAGAAAAAAUAUCAAACUCAUUUAGGCCUGAAUCCUUAUAUAUAUCCUCUAUAGUAUUAUAUUCACUCACUUUGACUUCUGUUUGGUUUGUUUACAUAAUUAAUGAUAAUGAGUCUUUAUUGGUCAUCUAUACAUUACAACACAGUGAAGUUCUUUUCUUCGCAUACCCCAGCAUACCAGGAAGUUGUGGUCAGAGCACAGGGUCAGCCAUGAUACAGCGCCCCUGGCGCAGAGGGAGUUAAGGGCCUUGCUCAAGGGCCCAACAGUGGUAGCACUGGGGUUUGAAUCCCCGACCUCCCAAUCAGUAACCCAGAGCCUUAACCGUCAAGCCACCACUGCCCUUAAUUACUCUCCCCCCCACCCCCGCCCACCCUGAUUGGCUGACUCUCAUCAUCAUAAUGCCUCAUAUUGGGGUUUGAUGAUGUUUAUCGUAUCUGAGCCGGCGUAUGACAUACGAGUACAAAUAAAUUUUCACCAAUUCCACUAGUGCAGGCCUGUCAGGGUGACUCACAGCAGCUCAGGAGCAUCAUAUUAAAAAGUAGCUUUUGUCUGAAAACUUAUGUUUUGUUUUUUUUUAAAAUAGGAAAUGUUCAAUAUGUAAUAAUAAAUUAAGCCAUGAAUGACA